GAUAUCAUUAACGAAACAGUUUGACAUUUACAUUAUAAGUACAAUAUGUUCUUACUGAUUAAUAUUUGUGUUAUUUUAUUUGUGAUAUACUAUUUAGUGACCAAAAAGUAUAGUUAUUGGAGAAACAGAAAUGUUUCUCACGAAAAACCAGUGCUUCUUUUGGGAAAUUACGGUGACUUAAUCCUGCAAAAAAAGAAUUUUGGUGAGAUGGCCCAAGCGAUUUGUCAGAAGUUCCCUGGGGAGCCUGUUGUUGGAGCUUUUUUUGGAACAGAACCGGUUCUUAUACCUCAGGACCCUGAAGUCAUCAAAACCAUAUUAACCAAAGAUUUCUACUAUUUUAAUGGAAGAGAAAUAUCAGAGCAUGUUCACAAGGAACUCUUGUCGUACAACUUAUUUGCCACGUAUGGAGACGAAUGGAAAAUAUUGAGACAAAACCUAACUCCAAUUUUUUCUACUGCAAAACUGAAAAGUAUGUUUACUCUAAUUGAGAAAUGUUCAAAAUCUUUUCAAAAUCUACUGGAAGAUGAAACGAAAAUAUCGAAAGAGCUAGAAGUGAGAACUUUGAUGCAGAGGUUUACAAUAGAAUGUAUCGGAUCGUGUAUUUUUGGAGUAGAUACUGACACAUUGGGAAAUGAUAAAAUGAAUCCAUUUAAAGCAGCAGGCAGCCAAUUGUCAGACUUUUCGAGGCUUGUUUUUGUUAAAGGGAUAGUAAGAGCAAUUUGGCCCACUUUAUUUUACGCCCUUGGAUUUAAAACGUUUACUACUGAAUUAGAUAUUUUCAAAAAACUGGUGAAUGCUGUUUUUGCUCAAAGAAAACACAAGCCAACAACAAGGAAUGAUUUUGUUGACUUAAUUUUGACAUGGAAGAAUAACAAUACCAUUACCGGAGACAGCAUAGGAAGUUUUAAAAAUAGCGAUAAAACAAAAUUUUCAAUUGAUGUUAAUGACGAUUUACUUUUAGCUCAGUGCUUAGUAUUUUUUGCUGCGGGCUUUGAAACUUCUGCAAUGACGUCGAGUUACACUUUACACGAGCUAGCGAAAAAUCAAAGAGCUUUAAAGAAAGCCUGCGAUGAGGUCGACGCUUAUUUAUUGCGUCACGGUAACAAGGUCAACUACGAUUGUGUCACGGAAUUGCCUUAUCUCGAGGCAUGCAUUGAAGAGACUCUUCGUCUAUAUCCAGUUCUUGGUAUAAUAACUAGAGAAGUGAUGGAAGACUACGUUUUGCUUGAUAAAAUACAUUUAAAGAAAGGAGAUCGUAUACAUGUACCGGUAUUUCAUCUGCAUCAUAAUCCUGAACAUUUUCCGAACCCGGAAGAGUAUCGACCGGAGCGAUUUUAUGGUGAAGAAAAACGUAAGGUGAAGCCGUAUACCUAUUUACCAUUUGGUGAAGGCCCACGAAUUUGCAUUGGGAUGAGAUUUGCAAAAAUGCAGUCUAUAGCAGGCUUGAUAACGAUUUUGAAGAAAUUCAGGCUGGAACUACCCGAAGGUGCACCUACUAAGAUUGAGUUCAAGCCUGAAGCCUUUGUGACUACACCUAAAGAUCUAAUCAAAAUCAAAUUUUUGGAACGUGAAGGAUGGCAGCAAAGAGUUUUUGUUUAAUUUCAUACGAGUUCUAGAGUGGAGACUUUGAACCGACAAAGUUAGCUUGGGUCCAGGUGGGGCCACAAUAUACAAGCGGUGGCCGACAAACUGUGGAUUAAUGACAGACAUUGAAAGAGAUAUACCACGUCCAGCAGUGGACAAGUCUAACGAUGAUCAUCCUUUAACUGUUACAAUGAACAAAUCUCUAUAAUAGCAAGUUUUUUUUUUAACACGCAGCCGCGCUGUUAAUAAUAUUCGUGACAAACCGUUAUUACACUGUUAUAAAUGGUCGAUUGAGGUUCUUCUCAACAAUUUCAUUGAUUGUAUUAAGAUUAGAUUGCUGUUUGUUCUGAAAAAUAAAUAUGCGAGUUUGAUCACCAAAUUAGUCUGACUAAGGAAAAAUAAAAAUAUAAUAAUAUAUGUAUGUAAUAAAUUUCUUAGGGUAUAAGAUAUUGAUAAAUCUAUGGCUUAUUAAAACUGUAAACGUCUAGCAUAAGUAUUUAUGAUAUAGAUUUAAAUUAGUGUUUAAUUUAAUCCGUUUUGUUUAUAAGCUUUCGUGUGAAGUUUCUGAUACUGUCGAAGCGCACGGCUAAUUGAAUUGGGCAUAUUAAUCAACUGUAACUUUGGAGCUCCUGCGUUUCUCGUUAUAUGAUUUUGGCUUCGGUAACCAACCAAUCCAAAUUCAAAUUCAAAAUCAUUUAUUUCAACUUAGAUGUCAGUAUGACACACUUGUUGAAUGUCAAAAUACAAAUAACAAUGUUAACUCUACCACCGGUUCCAAAAAAAGCCACAGUCCUGAGAAGAAUCGGCGAAACAAACUCAGUGGGCUUUUUUUUUUGUUUUCUCUCAAAUAUUUUCUUUUUUUUAACUAAUCUAGUAUAAUUUUAGCUAAUCAUCAUAUACAUUAAUGUCUAUGUCGCCAUUAACAUCUAAUAUUGAUCAAAGAUGUUUGAAUCGAUCAACUUUGGGAACCAGUUGCCCUUCCGCAAUAAUGGUUGAUCCUCAUUAGAUCCUGUAUGUAGAUAUUUCUGAUUGUGUGCAUUUUGAUUCGGAAAAAUGCGUGAUGUUGAUCCACCAAUGUUACCCGGCAAUUGUUUAAAUUCUAAACUAAAUAAUUAAAUAUCUAAUAAAAAUUUAAUGUCUAACCCAAAAAUCUUUAAAUAAUUUCAUAAAGACUGGUAUUUCUUUGUUCAACAACAAAAAUAAGCAGCGUUUUUGUUGCGUGCCGCAUUCGGUCAUAUUUUAUUCCCAGACAACCGCUGCUGGCUUCCUUUUGCUCGUUUAAUGAUUCAUUACUGGAGAGAACAUAAAAAUAUGUUCGGUAACAUGUAACAAUGGCAUUGAAAUCAAGCAAGCUUUCAUUGUGAUUUUAAGUUACGAAAUCUAAAUUAAAAUAACAUCUGAACUUCUUUUGUUUCUGUCACGAAGCAGUCAUUUUGUCUAGUUUGAUACUUAAUAUAAAUAAAUAAUAAUAAAUAAAUAAAUAUUUACUAACAAUCACGCCACGUUAACUGCGUGCUAAGUUCGUAAAGACCUUGUGUUACAUGUACCAGAUAACGGAAAUAAAUGUAAGAUUUUUAUUAUACGCAUAACAUAUAUUUAAUAUACAUCCAUAACCCUGGAAAAUAUAUUUUAAAUAAAUAAAUAAAUUAUUUAAUAAAAAUUAUAUUUAUCAUACAAACAUCUUCUCUUGGUGGGAUUCGAACCCGCGACCCCCUUGUGUAGUGACCAUGUCAGUUACCACUACACCAGAUGGCCGUAAGAUAACCAAUAUUUGAUGUUAGGCUUCAAAAUUUAACCACAUGUUCCGAUAUGUUCCGGCAACCACAUGUUCCGGCAAUAGGCAGACCAACUACUCGUAGAUAUGUGACUGGCAGUGUUCUGUCAAUACUUUAAUACUACAUGACAUGCUAUAUAUAUUUGGAUCUAUUUAAAUAAGGGCUUAUAUGUAUUCAAAGAAAUAAAGAAUAGAGGAAA